UAUGUGUGAGAAUAUCGAUAGAAAUAAUUUUGAAUUUAUCGUCAUUGUCAAAUUCCAUUCAUAGAUGUCGCUUCGGUUGAAUUUAGUAGUUUUCAUAUCUUACAAACAGAUAGUUCAGAUAGACGCACAAAACACGUGUUCGAGAGAGAGUGCGAGAAUAAUAUUAUUAAAAAUAUAUUAGUUUGGGAAUUAUAUUAAUUUCUGUUAAAAUAAUGAACGAAUCGAUUGUUAAAAUGGAGGUGGAUGAAAGUUUACAAGAAGGAGGAGAACUUAGUUAUGAAGAUAAAUUGAAAUAUGUUAAUUCUAUUGCUAAACCAAUGGCAUCGAGAAAAUUGGCGAAGAAAAUUUAUAAAUGUAUAAAAAAAGCAUCAAAACAUAGAACGUAUCUACGCAAUGGAUUGAAAGACGUGCAGAAACACAUACGCAAAGGGGAAAAGGGAUUAGUCAUUUUUGCCGGAGAUGUUUUUCCAAUAGAGAUUAUGUGUCAUUUACCAAUCGUCUGCGAGGAUAAAGAUAUUCCAUACUGUUAUACUCCAUCUAGAUUGGAUAUCGGUACUGCUAUGGGUGUAAAACGUGGUAGCCUUAUGGUACUUAUCAAAGAACAUCCUGAAUAUAAGGAUCUAUAUGACGAAUUAGUAUCUACAAUGAAAACAUUAGCAACACCUUUAUAAUUAUUAUAUUAAACCAAUACAUAAUUUCAAUCGCAUUGUAAAUAUGAUAUAUAGGUUAUACUUUUACUAUCAUAAAUAAUUCAUAUUUGUUAUUAAAAAAAAAAAAAAAAAAAGAAGAAGGAAAAAAGAAAUACAAGAUCUCUCCAAAAGAAACAAAUUCGUUAUAGCUUCAUUAUGAUCAAGACAAUAUGUAAUAGAAAUGUUUAAUUGUAUCGAUAUAAAAAAAAAAAAAAAAAAAUUGUAAACAAAAGUCAUACUGAACAUAUAUGAUUUAUUACGAAAUUGUUAUCUGACAUAAAUGACAUAUCUUUUAAACUCCUUCUCACCAUGGCUUUUGCUCACUCGCAUUCACAAUUAUAAUAUGAUACAUAUGAUCGUAUAAGAUUAUAUCUAAUGCAAAUAAUAUAUAGCUUUUUUUAAAAAUUUCAACAGAAAUAUUGGACAUAUUCUUUUUUGCUCUUGAAUAAUCAAUGGAUAUAAUAAUCCUUCCAUUUCAAAAUAGUUUAAAUCUUGCCAAGAAAUGAAGGUGUAUAUACAUAUAUAUAUAUAUAUAUAUAUAUACACUUUCAUUUAUAUAUAUAUAUAUGCCUAUUUAAGCUUCCAUUUAUCGUUGUUAAGUACUAUUUCUUUGAUAUAUUUUUUGACGUAAUAAUUUAGGAUAAUCCAGUAAAAUCUUGAGAUACUUAAUGCUUAAAUGUAUUCAGGAUAUCACAGGCCAGUCCUGUAGAGAUUAUUUAUAUGUGUAUGUAAAUAGAACAUUAUAUUAGCCAGGACACAUUUUGAUAGUAUAUGUAAGAAAGUGAAUUAGGCACAAAGUGGAGUAUGAAAAAAAUGUUAAUAUUAAAAAUGAUAUAAUGUUUAAUAUAAUUAAUAUUAUUGUGCCGUAAAAGGGAUUAUAUUCUUUGCGAGACUAAUUUUUUAUUUUUUUUUUUUUUUUUUUUUUCAUUUUUAUUUUUAUUUUUAUUUAUUUAUUUUUUGUUCUUUUAUAUUUUCUAUUCUCAUUUAGCGCCUUGUGUUUGAAGAACAUAAAGACGACCAGCGUCUCGAUUAGUAAGGUUAGAACGGAUUUUAGGAUAUUGCGUUUCUUCUCAUUUUUUUUGCUUUUUUUUGUUUUUGUUUUUUUCUUUUGCAAAGUUUCAAUCGCGUAUCAACGAGUAUUCUUUCCCCUUUCUUUUCUUUCUCUCUCUCUCUCUCUCUCUCUCUCUAUCUCUCUCUCCUUCGUUAACUAAGUAAAAGAUUAAUUAUCUUUGUACACGUUUAUUUUUCAUCCUUGUGAUCAGGACAUAAGCUGAAUUAAUAUAACAAUAGCUGCUGCGUGCGCUUUUUAAGUACCAUCCAGUAGAAUGGUAUUGGUACUCGUUUGAAAUUUCGCGCUCUUUUAAAAUCCUAUCGUGGCGAUCGUCAUUUUUUUGCUUCCUGUAGUCGCGAUCGUCAUUCUUUUCUUCCAGUCAUCCGCGACAAUCGUUUCAUUUCUUUUGUUUUUCUUCUUUUUUUUUUCUUUUUUUACUUUUUAUUAUUAUUAUUUUUUUCUUUUAUAUAUAUAUAUAUAUAUAUAUAUAUAUAUAUGUAUAUAUAUAUAUAUAAAUUAGUUUGCAAUCGUGGUGAAUUUCUUUUGCCGUUGAAUUUCGAAGGAAAGGAAAGCUUUCUGGAUAUUUCGCGAUGCCGUUAAAGAAAAAAAAACGUGAUAUUCGAAGAUACUUAAAAGGUAUAUACACAUUACGGAUUGUCGAUAUCGUUUAUCUAAAAACAUUUUCAAUUGCGUAUUAUUUAUAUAUUUCAUACGUACUUUGCUAGAGAUGUUCUUCGACUGCAACGAUUCUUUUAUUACUUUUUGUUCUUUUGUUUAUCUUUCUAUUUUUCUUUUCUUUUUUUUUCUCCUUUUUUCUUUUCUUUUUUACUUCUAGUUAUAAUAAUGAUCGAUUGUAAAAACGUCAAUAUUUCUCUCUCUCUCUCUCUCUCUCUCUCUCUCUCAACGAAUUUCAAUUUUUAUAGUGUAGAUGACUACAAAAACGUAAGAUCAUUAUAUUUAUGUAGUCUCUUGUAUAAUAUAAUUCAUAUACGCAGGAUUUUCUGAUGAUGUGUGUAUACGCGAACGCGCGCGCGUGUGUGUAUGUGUGUAUAUAUAUUAUCUGUGUGUAAUAAUUAAUGUGUGAUCGAAAGAAUGGAGACAAAGUGGUAACGGACGUUUUCAAAAAUGAAGAGACAUUCUACGACACUUAUCGGCGCUUUGAUUUCAAGAAUAAAUGAUUCAAGGAAGGAUGAAUGAAUGAAUGGAGAAGAAGGAUUCAAAGGCUAAAUGUAAGUAAUGGAUAUGUCUUCUUUCUAUCCUUAUAUUUUCGCAUCGGUAUCGUGUGUAUAGGUACUCCGCCGUUCGAUCUUAGUCGUUAAGAGAAAAGAGAAAAAAAAAAAAAGAAAAAAAGAAAAGAAAAGAAAAAAAGGAAAGGAAAAAGAAAAA